GACAUGUAUUUGUCAACAACUAUAAUUCCUCCGGUUAAUGUGCAAACCCAAUCUCCCGAUGAAGGCCAUGAGCUGCAACAAGAUGCUGCAAGAAAAUCUCCAGAAGAAAUCCAACUCCGCCGUGGUGUUGCUAUGGCGACUGUGGCCACUCCCUUCUUCCUGCUGUGCUGGCUGCUCCGAGCGGCGAGCUCGGCAUUCCCAGAGGAGCCUGGGCCCCUCAACUUCAUCCCCACCGAAGUGGUGAGAAGACACCCGGUGUUCCUGGGCCGACCCCACCGGACAUGGCUGAGACAAGAGCCUCUACACAUCCAGAGGAUCCUCCAAGUCAAUCGGACACUCUACAUCGGAGCCAGGGAUGACCUUUUCCGCGUGGAGUUGGACAUCGUCGGAGGAGACGAGAUGUUCUACAGCAAGAAAAGGACGUGGGAGUCAAACAAGAAUGACAUCAGGAUCUGCAGGAUGAAGGGCAAACACGAGGAUGAAUGCCGUAAUUUCAUGAAGGUGCUGCUCAGCAGACAGGGAGGCCUGUUUGUGUGCGGGACCAACGCCUUCAACCCGCUAUGUGCCAACUAUACCGGAGACACUCUCGAGAUGGUCGGAGACACGGUCAGCGGUAUGGCGAGAUGCCCCUAUGACCCCAAACACGCAAAUGUAGCUCGGUUUGCAGAGGGAAAUCUGUUUACAGCCACCGUGACAGACUUCCUGGCCAUCGAUGCGGUGAUCUACCGUAGCCUUGGGGACAGUCCCGCUCUGCGCACCGUCAAGCACGACUCCAAGUGGUUCAGAGAGCCGUAUUUUGUCAGCGCCGUGGAGUGGGGUCCUCACAUCUACUUCUUCUUCAGAGAGAUAGCCAUGGAGUUCAACUACCUGGAAAAGGUAUAGAAGUGAUGUGUGUCACGUGUGGCGCGGGUGUGCAAACGCGAUCUGGGAGGAUCUCAGCGUCUGGAGAAGCAGUGGACGUCGUUCCUGAAGGCCCGUCUGAACUGCUCCGUCCCCGGUGAUUCCCACUUCUACUUUAACCUGCUCCACUCCACCAGCUCCAUCAUCAGGAUGCACGGCAGGGACAUAAUCCUGGGGGUGUUCUCCACACCGGCAAACAGCAUCCCCGGUUCGGCGGUGUGUGCCUUCGACAUGGAGGAGCUGGCUGGGGUGUUUGAAGGGAGGUUUAAGGAGCAGAAAUCACCCGAGUCCAUUUGGACGCCUGUUCCAGAUGAAGUCAUCCCGAAGCCAAGACCCGGUGGCUGUGCUGUUCAAGGUUCCAGGUUUAAUUCCUCAAACUCGUUCCCCGAUGAGAUGCUCAACUUCGUCAAGACCCACCCCCUGAUGGACGAGGCCGUCCCGUCUCUCGGACAAAGACCCUGGAUUGUCAGAACCAUGGCCAGGUACCAGCUGAAUAAGAUUGUGGUGGAUACAGAAGCCGGGCCUUAUAGAAACCAGACCAUCCUGUUCCUCGGGUCGAGCAGAGGGACCAUCCUCAAGUUCCUCAUCAUGCCAAACCAGGACAACACUGUCACCAACAGCAACAUCUUCCUGGAGGAACUGGAGGGAUUCAACCCUGAAAAGUGUGCCGGAGACUCUCUGCAGGCCAGGCAGCUGUUGUCUCUGACUCUGGAUUCGGUUAGCCACACCCUGCUUCUCGCCUUCCCCUCCUGCGUGGUCAGAGUACCAGUGGCACGAUGCCAGCUCUACUCCCGAUGCAUGAAGAACUGUAUCUCCUCCAGGGAUCCUUACUGUGGCUGGACCAGAGGAAGCACCUGCUCUUUCCUCAGACCUGGGACCAGACUGCCGUUCGAGCAAGAUGUUGAACAGGGAAACGUGGCCCACUUGGGCGACUGUGACGGAUUGCUGCUCCAAGAGAGUUUCAUCGAGGAGCCCGACGGCCUGGUGUCCGUGAACCUGCUGGUGGUGUCGGCUGUGUCAGCCUUCGCGACGGGCGCCGUCCUCUCCGGCCUCACCGUCUGCUGGAUCAUGACUCACCGCCACCGCCACUCCCGAGGCUCCGGAGCCGGCGGCACCCGACGCAAAAGUGACAAAGAGCAGAGCAUGCUGGGACAGGGCCGCAGCGGGUCAGUGAUGAGCGUGACGAGAACCAGCGGCGGCGAGAGGCGGCGUUCGCAGGUGGACAACCCCUUCGUCAUGCCCAACGGCUGGUCGAAGGGAGAGAUGGACCCGGGCCUGCUGCCCACCCCGGAGCAGACCCCACUGCAGCAGAAACGGUCCAUGCGUCUCCCAGACAGCGACUGGGACCAGAGCCAGACCUUCCUCACCGCCGUGGGGACUCCCUGCCCCAACAACUCUGUCAUCUACCUGAGCUCCAAGUUCCUGCACGGAGGUGGAGGGGGCGGAGGGAUGGUCCGGAUAGAGGACCCGGGGGAGGUCGUGCUGCCCCCGCACACAGAGCGCCAGCGCUACCUGAUCCUAGCCACCCAGAGAGGGGAGCACGGCGGCGGUCGGCCCAGCGGCACCCUGAGGAACUCGGCGGGAGACUACAUCUACCCCGCCACGCCGCAGGACUCCCCCGACCGACGGAGGGUGGUAUCCGCUCCCACGGCCCACAUGGACUAUGGGGAGCCUCGCUGGAGUCACGAGGCGCUCAACUACAACAGCAACAAUGGAGUGCCCUAUCACUCCCAGCGCCCGGGCCUCAUCAGGCCAGAUAUGCACGGGCCUCGAGGGCUGGGAGAACUGGCGGACUUCAGCCAUCUUCUAGGGAAGAACAUGGGAGAGCGCACCCCCAGUGGCCAGUGAGGCAAAGUACGUGAGCCCUGGCACCAAGCUCUGUCUGGACACCCAUUCCCUCCAACAGCAGACUGGAAUAAAUCAACCCCUCAGACUCACUGUCCCGGUCCAACCUUACCCUGUCUGUCCUCUCUCACUGUCAUUCAAUGUUCUGACGUCAUUCAGCUGACUGAAGAGAGAGACAAAGAGACAGUAGAGAAAGAGGAGCAAACUCUCCUCACGUCUCUGCUCCUCUGCUUUUAAUCUGAGGUGCACCCCUCUGCUCCCGGAAGUGGUACAACCCCCAGAGCUUGACUUUGGCACCACAGGACAACCAGUGAGGUAAAGAGAGGGGUGCAAAGGAAAGGGAAUCUUCUCAAAAGGAGAGUGUGUGUGUGUGAGAUCAAGAAAAUUCAACAAAAAAAGACAAUUUCCCUUGCAGCGCCAAAUGUGAAAGGUCUCCCUCCACCAUUUUGUUCCCCCUUUUUCGACACCACGGAUCUUCUUUGAGCGUUCAUUUCGGCUUUUGUUUUUUUUUGUGCCAGCGGCAUCCAGCAGACAACAAUGUGCUUUACUUUGGAUUUCAGAUGAGACUAAAACUGUUGUAGCCGUGCCAGAGGGCCGUGACUCUCAAUAAGUCAUGCAGUGUGUGUGUGUCUGUGCGUCUGUGUGUGAAUGUGAGUGGCCAACGACAACCCCAACCAGUGUCCUGUCUUAACUGUGAAGUAUAACUAUAUAAUGACAUUUCUGUACGGAGGACGAUGAAGUUAACAUUAUUUUCCCUUUUUUUUAAUAAACAAUCGCAGAGAGACAAAUGGAUUUUAUUAAAUGUCUCGGUGUGUUUACCAAUCAGAGGUGCGAGUGGUUGGCCAGUGGCUCGUGAAGGGGCGUGACCUCCCAUUGACAUUUUUUUUGUGUGAUUCCCACUACCUGGACAGAGCCAUCGUGAAGUGAAAGAAAGCAAUAAUGAGACAUGUGAGGUCGAAGAAAAAAGCCAAUUUAAUUUGAUAUUUUAUAAUACAACUGUUUUUCUCAGCAAAGCAAACUGAAGAGAUGUGAGGAGGAGAUGGAACAAUACCUCCCCGAGCUGACUCUCAGCGUGUCCGGGUCUGCCUGACCCGACCCGAGGCCCCCGUGGACCCUGCAGUCCAUUUGAAGGAGGGAAUGUGAGCCGUGGCUGUCUGAACUGGGGCCGCUUGGGAGCUCCAUUCAGCCUCUUUCGGCCCCGACACUGAGCCUCUUUGUGCCCCAGAAGCAGGAGGAGACUGCGGCAACAAAUAGCCGUUAGGAGUCAGGGACAUAGCCCACAACGCAGCCUAGCAGAAUAUCAAUGAGGAGGACAUCCGUCGUGUGAGAUGUACCAAGCAGGACCGGGCAUCUCCUGUGCUUCGCCCACUCUGGUGGUUGUCUGGUUUGCCAGGACAAGGGAGGAGGAGCAGAGGGCUGAAGCGAAGGGGGGGCGGAGGCCGGUAGCUGAGCUGUCACAAUGGUCAUCCCUUGUGGCUCCGUCCCUUUCAGUGUGUUUCACAACAAAAGCGGGAUAAAGAAAACAGAUGGGCACGGGGUGUCCUCGGGUGUGGAGUUACUCUUUCAGUCCCGUCGUCUGAUCUUUUGAUGUUUUUCCGUUCACUUCUCUUUUCUUUUUUUUUUUUGUGUCUCUUCCCAUCUGUUCUCGAUUCAAUUGUAGAUCCAGAGAUAGCUUCGGUUCAUCUGGGUCACGGCGUGUUUUUUUCUGUGUGCCUGUCGGCUUGUGUGUGUGUGUGUGUGUGUGUGUUUCUCUUUGGGUUUGUGUCCAUGAAUGCGUUACUCAUAUUGAGUGCAAAACACCGCUUUGAUCAGUUGUGUGUUGGUUCUCAGCCUUCCUCUUUUACUUCACCCCCCGGUUCUUUCUCUAUUGAGGCGUUCAUGUUUCGCGGCGACUCUUUUUCUUGACAUUCACACGUCCGGGCUCAAGGUGUCGGAGUGCGAUGCGAUAUAUUUAAACUAUUAUACUGUACACAAAGAAUUAUGGCUAAAAUGGAGAAGCUGGACUGUGCUUGGAUAGACGCACAAGAAAAUAUAUCGGAAUGUACAAAUAAUAGUGCAGGCUAGCGCGUGACAAUGUUUUUAUUAAUGAAAAAAAAAAAAUAUGAUGAAGACUUUCCUAUUUUUCCACAAAUCCCACAAAUAUAUUUUUCGUUUGAAAGCGUGGAGCUUCGGCUCAUUGUUUUUUUGUUUUUCAGGCGCACAACCUAAUAUCGUUUUCAGACUUUUAGCAAUAAUGCUCAAAAGAUCAACAACGCGCCAAACGGCCGAGCAUGUAACGGCCAAAGAGACGAAUAUUUUUCCACUCGAUAGUUGGUGGAGAACCAAAAUCAAGCUAAAAAUAGUCCAAUUAGAGUGAAAUAAGAUCAAUACUCAAACCACAGCAUAUAAACACAUAAGAAACUGUAUAAAAUCAGACUUAAUAAACCAUAGAAAACCAUGAAAAACAGAGUUUAAGAGAUUGAUUAUUGGACUGCAGAAUACAUAAUUAUGUCGGUGUUUUCUUUAGAGCUCGUUUCAGCUGCCAACAUAAUCUGUUAAUGAAGGCGUGACGCAUUGUAUUGUUUGAGGUGUUGCAAUAUUAAGGCCAACACAAGAGCGGACACAGUCAAUACGAAAUUAAUACGAAAUACAAACGUGUUUUACAACAAAAUGACGACGGCGUCUAAACACAAGAAGCUUCCCUGAAAAACUAAAUGUGUAAAUGUGACUGCUCCAUCAGAGAGAAGAGGGGGGGGAAAAAAUAGUAAACAAGAGUAUAAAUCAGACCAAAUACCAGCGGGCGGUUUUCACGACACAUUUUUUUUUCUUUUUUUUUUAGAGCAGCAUCGAGGUGCAGCAACCCCGGCCCUAAAAAAAGAAGUAGAUACACAGCCAGAGCUGGAGGUACUGCAUAAGACGAGCCAGUGAAAAGAGAUUUAUGAAAGCGAGGACGGAGGAGGAGGUCAGGCGGGCGGACAUGAUGUUACUGCAUUACCGCCUCAGCACAUUAGUACAGUGUAUUCUUUACACAUUCCACCCUGAAACAGGUCAUUAGUGCCGAGGAUACGGAGCCUCAUCUCUGACUCUUUAUCUCCCUCGUCUCCAUCUCUGCUGUGACCUGAGUGCUGUGUGUGUGUGUGUGUGUGUGUGUGUGUGUGUGUGUGUGUGUGUGUGUCUGAGGCCUCUCUGUCUUGCCCAGCCAGCCGUGUCUCUUCUCCGGUGUUUCACUAAACAUGCUUGAUUAGGCAAAGUACAUUCCCCGAACCCCCCCCCCCCGAACGGCCUGAUGAGCCCUUGAGAAGAUCGUGACAGACACAUCCGCCCCGAGAGGGGGAGGCGGCGCCCCGUUCGACCAGCUCCUUCGGCCCGUUUGCUAACCACCGGCCUCGCACACGAACGACCACGGUCGUUCCCAUUUAACCAAAUGUGCGACGCAAUUGAAUUAAAGAUCAGAAACGGAGCUCAGGCUUGAGAUGUAGGCCGACACAUGACUUUAUCUUUCUGACUGCGCCAUUACAUUUGUCCUCCAUUAGGUGGCCGGCUGAGGA